CACCUCCAGUCGGAGACAUGGCCAGUAUACAAUGAACCAGCAAUGCAGCACCAAAGUCUCAGAGAAGCCUCCGUUUGAUCGCUCGAGUUCCCAGGAUUCUUUGGAUGAAGAAUCUAUGGAAGACUAUUGGACCGAACUAGAAAACAUCGAGAAAUCUAGUGAAAACAGACAAGAGCAAGAGGUGGUUGUUGUCAAAGAGCCUGAUGAGGGGGAAUUGGAAGAAGAGUGGCUUAAAGAGGCUGGUUUGUCCAAUCUCUUCGGAGAAUCUGCCGGCGAUCCCCAGGAAAGCAUGGUCUUUUUAGCAACACUGACCCGGACCCAGGCAGCAGCUGUUCAGAAGCGGGUAGAGACAGUCUCCCAGACCUUCAGGAAAAAAAACAAACAGCACCAGAUUCCUGAUGUCAGAGACAUAUUUGCUCAACAGAGAGAGUCAAAAGACGAAGCUCCAGAUGGCACUGGAUUGCAGUCAGACAGAACAAAUGAAAACAAAUACAAAGGAAGAGAUGAACAAGCCUCCAACCUCGUCAUUGGGGAAGAAAAGCUCUUCCUACCUGAAGAUGCUCCUGCCUCUGAAACAGACAUCAACCUGGAGGUAUCAUUUGCUGAGCAAGCAGUCGGUCAGAAAGAGAGUGCCAAGGAGAAGACCCAGAAGAGCAUAGACGACAAUGCACAGUUACCUAAUUUCAGAUUGCCAAAGGACAAAACAGGCACCACCAGGAUUGGUGACCUCGCGCCCCAGGACAUGAAGAAAGUAUGCCGUUUAGCUCUCAUUGAGUUGACCGCCCUCUAUGAUGUUUUGGGCGUUGAACUGAAACAACAGAAAGCUGUGAAAAUCAAAAUGAAAGAUUCUGGUCUUUUCGGUGUUCCAUUGACAGUAUUGAUAGAACAAGAUCAGAGGAAAGUACCAGGAACUCGAAUACCCCUGAUCUUUCAAAAACUGAUUUCUCGAAUUGAAGAAGGUGGUUUGGGAACUGAAGGCCUCUUACGAAUACCUGGAGCCGCUGUGAGAAUCAAGAAUCUUUGCCAAGAACUAGAAGCGAAGUUUUACGAAGGGACUUUUAAUUGGGAAAGUGUCAAGCAGCACGACGCAGCCAGCCUGCUGAAGCUCUUCAUCCGGGAGCUGCCCCAGCCUCUGCUCAGCGUGGAGUAUCUCAAAGCCUUCCAGGCUGUCCAGAGUCUUCCAACCAAGAAGCAACAAUUGCAGGCUCUGAACCUUCUUGUCAUCCUCCUGCCCGAUGUAAACAGGGACACGCUGAAGGCCCUGCUUGAAUUUCUCCAAAGAGUAAUAGAUAAUAAAGAGAAGAAUAAAAUGACCGUCAUGAACGUAGCAAUGGUCAUGGCCCCGAAUCUCUUUAUGUGUCAUGCGUUUGGUUUGAAGUCCAGUGAACAGCGAGAAUUUGUAAUGGCCGCUGGAACAGCAAAUACUAUGCACUUACUGAUUAAGAAUCAAAAACUCCUGUGGACAAUUCCCAAGUUUAUUGUCAACCAAGUGCGGAAACAAAACACUGAAAAUCACAAAAAGGAUAAAAAAGCCAUGAAGAAACUGCUGAAGAAAAUGGCUUAUGACCGAGAAAAAUAUGAGAAGCAAGAUAAGAAUGCAAAUGAUGCUGACGUUCCUCAGGGAGUGAUUCGAGUGCAAGCUCCCCAUCUUUCCAAAGUUUCCAUGGCAAUACAGCUUACUGAAGAACUGAAAGCCAGUGAUGUACUUGCCAGGUUUCUCAGCCAAGAAAGCGGGGUUGCCCAGACACUCAAGAAAGGAGAAGUUUUCUUGUAUGAAGUUGGGGGAAAUAUUGGGGAACGCUGCCUGGAUGAUGACACGUACAUGAAGGACUUGUAUCAGCUCAAUCCGAAUGCCGAGUGGGUUAUAAAGUCAAAGCCAUUGUAAGGACUGACCAAGGGGCAGCUCACCAACCUGCGGACUUCUGUCAUCAUUCUUGCUGAGUCAAGCAUGUAAAGAAAAGAAAUGGCAGGACUCUUCUU